UCUUUAAAAAAAUCAUGCUAUGCACGUGAUGAAUAAUUAAUUGUAACUCGUUUAAUUGCCAAUAUUAGUAUUUAUUUAAUUAGAUUUUUACAUAGUAGUAGUUGAUACACUAAUUAAUCACUGUGUCGUUAUACUGUUUGAUGCUUAUUAUAAUGAGCACUGACUUCUUUUCAAGUCAUUAAAGUGAACAAAAAUCCAAAUUCAUAAUUUUCAUCCAACUGUAUAUAAUUUAAUUAAUAAAUAUUUUAGUUUUUAAGUGUUGCUAAGUAGCUUCCCUAAGGUGCUCAAUAACUUUUAACGUUAGUGAAGUUUUAAAUAUUAUAGGGAAGUAAGUACUUUAAAGCUGAAUUCUGCUAAUACCAAGAAUCACAAUGGAUUCAAAAAGUGAAACAGUUAAAUUAUCUGCUGAAGAACUUAAAAAUAAGGGUAAUGAAUGUGUUAAAAACGAGAAAUAUAUAGAAGCUGUCCUACAUUACACACAAGCAAUAAAAAUGGAUCCUAAUAACUAUGUGUUAUACAGUAACAGAUCAUUUGCAUUUCUCAAAUUGGAUCAACAUUAUCUGUCUCUACAAGAUGCUAAUGAAACUAUAAAACUACAACCACACUGGGCAAAGGGUUACUUUCGUCGGGCUGAAGUAGAAGCUGCUAGUGGAUUGUAUGAUGAGGCUAUUAUAUCCUACACAAGAGCCUUACAGCUUGAACCUCAUAAUACUAAGUUAAUGGAGUUUAUAAGAGAUGUUACUGAACUACAGAAAAAUAAUUUAAAGGGCAGUCAAAAUGUGAUCUGGAUCUGUACAAUAGUGGGACUUAUUAUAGGUAUUGGAGUGGUCAUAUUGGAUUAUACAUUGACAGCAAAUCCAACAUUAAUAAAUCCAAUAAGUAUGGUAGCCUUUUCAAUAGCUCUUUCUGGAGUAGGAUUUGCAAUAGGGAAAACAUCAACACUUAUGACUGCUUGGAAUGCAGGAAAAUCUUUGCAGCCACCACCUGAUUUAGAUACAAAUGAACAAUCUGAAAAAGAAAAUGUACUGCCAGAGAAGAAAAAAUAUAGCAAGGCACAGGCCAGGCAUAGGUUUAAACAGGGGAAACAACUUUAGUUAUCAUAUUUAUAACAAUAUUGUAAAAUCCGUCAACAACUGUGUUCUGGUGGUGGACUGUUUUGUUACCAUAUAUAUA